AGRAAAGAAGAAGACAGAGAGGCCAACACAGACAGACUCAGACACCAGCAUGUAUUUGUAUCUGGUAACAGCAGCUGUUUGGGUCUAUGUUCUGGUUUUCUACGGCCUGUUUAAAGGAACGAGAUGCUUGAGUCCUGCUUGGCUGAAGGGGAAGACUGUUGUUGUAACAGGAAGCAACACUGGCAUUGGGAAAAGUACCGCCCUGGAACUGGCAAAGAGAGGAGCUCGAGUGAUCCUGGCCUGUCGCAACAAGGAGAAGGCUGAGGCUGCAGCGUUUGACAUCCGCUCAGAGAGCGGGAACCCCCAGGUAGUGUUCAUGCAGCUUGAUCUGGCAAGUUUAAAGUCAGUUCGCAGUUUUGCUGAAACCUUUCUUAAGACUGAACCUAGACUGGACAUCCUCAUCAACAAUGCAGGUGUUGUAGGUCCUGGCUGCACUGAGGAGGGCUUUGACCUGGCCUUUGGGGUCAACCACCUGGGUCACUUCCUGCUGACCAACCUUCUGCUGGAGCGGCUCAGGCUCUGUGGCCCCAGCCGAGUCAUCACCGUGUCUGCUCUCCUGCACCGCAUUGGGAGCAUUGACUUCCAGCGGCUGGCUCCACAGACAGACGGGGUGCCUCCCCAGUCUGCCUGGUCCAGCCUUCAGGCCUACUGUAACAGCAAACUGUGUAAUGUGCUCUUCACCAGGGAGUUGGCCAACCGGCUGGAAGGCACUGAUGUUACCUGUUACACCCUGCACCCAGGAGUAAUCUACACAGAACUGUGCCGUAAUCUGAGCCAGUGGCUGCAGCUCCUCCUGAUGCCCUUAGCCAAGCUGUUCCUCCUGGACCCCAGCGGAGGAUGUCAGACCACCCUGUACUGCGCCCUCCAGGAGGGCAUCGAGCCGCUCAGUGGUCGGUACUUCUCCAGCUGUGCGCUGCAACAGGUUGGAGCCAACGGGCGAGAUGAUGGCCUGGCAAAGAAGCUUUGGGAAGUAAGUGAGAGGUUAACAGGCAUGGCCUGAAGCACCAGAGACUGCCUUAGAGCCAUUCACAACUCUUAUAAAGUCCAACUUGUGUCUGAAUUUUCAUGCACUUCUUUCGUUUGCUUUAAUAAAAUUGAGGAUCCCUUGAAUGUUUUCUGUAUGUCUAUCGCCUGAUGUCAUGUAUGAAGUCUGCAGAGUUUCAUUGAGCAGAUAAGAGAUCAUAUGAUGACAGCAUUUUUGAAUGCAUUGUGGGACAUGUGGUUCUUCACCCUCAUCUUUUUACCUUUUCUGAAUUUGAUGAUUGGAAUCACUGACAGCAUCAGGACCCUCAURUAGAAAAGAAUGCACAGCUUUCCUGCUAAAAGUUAGUGAGGAACAAAUUUUGAAAAGUGUGGUUCUCACGCAUGUAGCUCUGCACAAAUCCCAAUUUGUGUGAGAUAAAGUGCAGCUGCUGGUCCUGAUUGGACCGCCUAUCAUAAGAACAUGUGUUAAUUAGUAUAAAUACCCAGAAGGCUGACACCACAUCCAAAUAACCAUGGAUGGUGAACCGUUACCUGCUAGUAGAAGCAGGUAACGGUUCCUGCUUCUAGUAGCAUCUGACAGUAAUUAUUACAUAUUUUAAAAAAAUUAUCUCUUUCCAGGGCACACAAGGUCACUUCACUAAAAAUAAAAAAAAUGUAACAAAACAUUCCAAAUAGAAAACAAAACGGAACAUUUAGAGCAUAAAAUGAUGGAAUGAGUUGAUUAAUUCAAGUGGAUAUACUUGUUUGAACAGCAGAGUGUUCAGCUGGCAUCUAAAGACAGUGUUUGAGAGAGAGCUUUGUGUUGAAUGGGGAAUGUGGAAGUUUAUUCCUAAUAGAGAAAUCAUGUGUUGGACCAGACCAACAUGCUGCUACAUUUAUUAGUCAAUUCUGCUCAUAUAAAUUGCACCUUUACAGAAAGGAGAAGCUUUCUAUUCAUAAAGGAGCAUUCACAAAGCUGGAAUGGCUCGACUGCAGGAUGACUGUCUGACCUGCCAGCAGCUCCAGCUGCUGUUAACCCACAGCUCCUUUAAGGCUGGGACAAGUUCUGGACAGAGCUCCAGGGUGACCACUCUGGACAAUCUGAAGACUAAUAAAGCAUCAACACGUCCCAACAGAUCAAUAUGAUCUCUCAACACACACUCAAUCACUGGCGAUGUUCUCUAUUAGUGCCAAAGUUGACAUUGUUCCACUGUUGCGCACAUCUUUGUGGUGGACAAGGUGUGAUUCUCUACACACCUUGUCCACUGUCAGAAUCAUUAAACUUGACCUGUUUGGAGCUGAUCUGCUGAUCCAACCAUGUUUUCUUUUUCAGUCAGAAUGAAUGUGCCCCUUAAUAUUUGCAGACAUUUUCUGUUACUCGGGGUGUAGACCGACGGGACGAAAACCAAGGAAAUUUACUGUUUACAUCCGACUGCGAUUUUCACAACAUUUAGUUUUAUUAUAUUUAUUAAUUUUGUGUGUGUGUGUGUGUGAUCGUUACCUAAUUUUAUGAGGAUGUAUGUGGUUCAGUUUCAUUGUUUAAGUUUAAUUAAUAAAAGAUUAAAGUCAUAAA